CAUUCCAAUAUGUUACUGAGCCAAGGCUCGCGAGACUGGUUAAGUUCUUUGGGAAAGCUACUGGAGUCUUUUGUAACUGAAGAAGAUGAAGAAAAGUUAAACGCAAUAUCUCGUCGUUUAGAAUACAGCGCCACCGAGUUAUCAAGGGCGCUUAAGCAAUCCAAAGAAGCCGUUGAAAGUAUGGAAGAGUCUCUACACCGGAUUCAAUCAGACAGUGAACUGGUGGCAGCUGUUUUACAAAAAGUCACAAAAUUAAGAAGAGAUGUAUAGAAAGUCGUAGAAUCAUAGACAAGAUUCAAUUUCCACUACAGUCCUUUUUUG